AUGGGUUCUUCGACAUUGUUCAAGUGCUUGAUGCUCAUUGCUGUCUUCAUCAGCUCAUGCACAGCACAAGCUCCCACCGCAACCCCUACAGUCUCUCCAACCGCCGCCCCUACACCAUCUCCCGCUCCUACACCGGUUCCAUCUCCUUCUCCUUCUCCUUCUCCUUCACCAUCUCCAAUGGCUGUACCCUCUCCUGCACCUUCUUCUGUAUCCCCUACUACAGCUCCAUCACCGGGUGGACCUUCCGGUGCUCCAUCGCCAGGUCCCUCCACCGGACCACCAGCUGAUCUUCCACCUAGCGGCACCUUUGUUGAUGGCUGGGUCAACAGAGCUGUUAUCGCUGGGACUGCACUCGCCGGAGCAUUUUUUGCAGUUACUUUGAUGUGA